AGCACCAACCACAGCAGCACAGCUCGCUGUAGUCCCUUUGUAUGCUCGGCAGUGCCCAACUGCAUCCCAAACCGCUCGCUCUGACAGCAUAAUUAUGAGUAAAAGACGAAAAGUUGGACUUUGACUUGAAAUGGCUCGCUCGCGCGGCCCGCCACUCCCUAAAAAGAACGCGGAGAACUCAAGUAAGCGCGUGAGGAAUCCCUGUGCAUUUUAUGAUGGUAAUUAUCCGGAUGCGUUCAUCUAGAAAACAACGUGGGAAGGUUGACUUUAUUUAUUUUUAAUGCAUGUUUUAAUACAUUGCCAUGACUGGCACAAAGAUAAAUACGUGAAUGCAUUUAGCACAGUAAUGCAUGGGCAUGCUUUGAUCCAUCUAGUGAGAGGAAGCUAUUGCUGAAGCAUGUAACUGCAGACACCUUGCGCUUGCUUGAUGGGGUUAAAAACAACAACAACAAAAACACUGAUUACAGCUGGUUUGAUGUGUUUUUCGUGGGUGCAUGAGCCUGAAAUCUGUGUCCGGUAAUCACAAACGCUAUUUUGGGGCAAUGGGAUAACACGUUAAAAGCGACGCUGUUUUUGCGCAAUGAGGAGAAAACCCAAACAAACAGCACAAUCAUGACUGGGAACAUCUGAAACGUGAUGCUCAAAUCGUUCUGGGGAGAUGGGCACGUUUGCUCAACAACAAGAUGUUGCCACUCCUCAGAGCAUCAUUCUGGCCAUCUGACUGGAGUGGCCACACGUAUUCAGGCGAUUUUCCUCAGUGUUUUGUAUUAAAUGUUCCUAUCUCCUGUAAUUUAAGCAUGUUUGAGGCAACGCCCCGCGCAAACAGCUGCCGCGUUUCUUUGCAGAUCUCUGAAGUGAGUCGAGACAUCACUCCCGCUGUUGCAGAACACGUCACAUCUUAUGAGGACACAGGGGGCGUCAGAUUUUGCUGACCUUAGCAUCUUUGGACCGUUGCAAAGGGAAGCUCUAUGAAAAUAACACCUUAAGGGAGUCCCCUUCGCUUAACCUCUAAGGCAUACAGCUAUCUGUUAUCCGUUUCUCCUGAAGGCUGCGAUACGGGUGGAUAUAUUCCAGUCUAGCGCAGCAGUUUUGGCGCAGCGGGCGGGUGGAAGACCAGGAACAUUGCAGAACCUGUAUAAUGACUGACUGCUGAAAGAGACCACUGACCCUGGGAACAAGGCGUUUUAUUAGUUCUGCUGGUGUCAUGUAAACAAGCCGAUUGGCACAAUCAUUUCGCAAAUGAUUUCUCUGGAGCUUUGGGGAGGGUUGGUGUUUGCAGCAUUUCCUGGAUUCUAAUGCGGGAGAGAGGUGUCAACGAGUGAGGAGAAGCUCCAAUUUUCCUUUUCCCCCCCCCCACAAACUUUUUUAGAGGCAACACCGUUGAAUCCUGACCACAAAUUGCAGGUUGCAUUGAUUCACAGCAUGACUGUUGCCACGGGCGACCCAGCUGAUGAAGCCGCAGCUCUCCCCGGUCAGCCACAGGACACGUAUGACCCGGAACCAGACCAUGAGUGCUGCGAAAGAGUGGUCAUUAACAUCUCUGGCCUGCGCUUUGAGACGCAGCUCAAAACACUAUCUCAGUUCCCAGAGACAUUGCUUGGGGACCCCAAAAAGAGAAUGCGCUACUUUGACCCUCUGAGGAAUGAGUACUUUUUUGAUAGAAACCGCCCAAGUUUUGAUGCCAUUCUCUACUACUACCAAUCAGGCGGCAGGUUGCGAAGGCCUGUCAAUGUGACAUUGGAUAUCUUUUCAGAAGAGAUACGCUUUUACGAGCUUGGGGAGGAAGCCAUCGAGAUGUUCAGGGAGGAUGAGGGAUUUAUUAAGGAAGAGGAGAAACUUCUGCCAGAAAAUGAGUUUCAGAGGCAGGUAUGGCUGCUCUUUGAGUACCCUGAAAGUUCAGGUCCCGCCAGGAUUAUCGCCAUCAUUUCAGUCAUGGUCAUUCUCAUAUCUAUAGUCAGUUUUUGCUUGGAGACGCUUCCAAUUUUUCGAAGUGAGGAAAUGGAGAAGCAGAAAUCUGACACAAGCAACUCCAACUCAACAAUUAGCGGCACCUCCAACUACUUCACCGACCCUUUCUUCAUCCUGGAAACCCUUUGCAUCAUAUGGUUCUCCUUCGAGUUUUUGGUACGGUUCUUUGCAUGUCCUAGUAAAGCAGGCUUCUUUGUCAAUAUAAUGAACAUCAUUGACAUUGUGGCUAUAAUUCCUUACUUUAUCACCUUGGGCACAGAGCUGGCAGAGAAGCCAGAGGAUGGUCAACAGGGGCAGCAAGCUAUGUCACUUGCCAUUUUGAGGGUUAUCAGAUUAGUACGGGUCUUCAGGAUCUUCAAACUUUCCCGGCACUCGAAAGGGCUCCAGAUUCUUGGCCAAACACUCAAGGCCAGUAUGAGGGAGCUUGGGCUGCUUAUCUUCUUUCUCUUCAUUGGGGUCAUUCUCUUCUCUAGUGCCGUCUACUUUGCAGAAGCAGACGAGGCAGACUCACAGUUUAUAAGCAUCCCUGAUGCCUUCUGGUGGGCAGUGGUCUCAAUGACAACAGUAGGGUAUGGUGACAUGGUUCCAACUACCAUCGGAGGCAAAAUUGUAGGAUCCCUUUGUGCUAUCGCUGGAGUGCUGACCAUUGCCUUGCCCGUGCCUGUCAUAGUCUCAAACUUCAACUACUUCUACCAUAGAGAAACAGAGGGUGAGGAGCAGGCCCAGUACCUUAAUGUGACCAGUGUCCCCAAGAUAGAUUCCUCAGAAGACCUGAAAAAGAGUCGUAGUGGGUCAACCAUUAGCAAGUCUGACUACAUGGAAAUUCAAGAGGCUGUUAACAACAGCAACGAUGACUUUCGAGAAGAGAACAUCAAGACCGGCAACUGCACCCUAACCAACACUAACUAUGUUAACAUCACCAAAAUGCUUACAGAUGUAUAACUGCUUUGAACUGCCUUGACUUAAGGUAACAUAAAGAGCUUUAAGAAGGGGAUUCAGCACCCUUGUUUCGAAGGCUAUACAUGCCUAAUGCAAGAGUUUCGAGAGAGGAGAACUUAAAUAAGUAAUUGUGAGCGAAAGAUCAAUGACGAAGACCUGUCCAUCAUGCCAUCGCCAUUCUCUUGCACCUCCCCCAGUUCUGGAAGACUUGAUUUGGUGGGAGGCAAUGUCCUGCAUCCUUGUGUUCAGUGUCUGCAUGGAGUUUGUCUUACCUGUGUGACUGUUCCAGUAGUCGUUCUGCUUGCAAAAGUAGCCAAAUUGUAGCCUAACUAAUAGAUACAAGCGUAGCAUAGAGGGACCAAUUCCUGACACCCGUUCCCAUCCAUUCACUGCCAACCUGAGGACCGUUUUGAGUCUCUUUUGAGACAAGAGGGUAUUUGUACCUGGAAAGACCAAUCAUUUUGUCACUCUAAAUUGAUUUGUGGCAUUUAUAAAAUGGAUGAGAUAACAUAUUUGUGAAGAAUCACCAUCAAAGGAUAUAUUUUUUUGUGAUUGCACAAACGCUGCCUGUCCUGCCAGCCACAAUGGUGUACCGUGUGCAGUACCUAAAUAAUGUUACAUUCCAUCUUGUGUAAUGUAGAAAUACAUUGUAGAGCAAGUAGAAGUACAUGCAUGACCAAUCUUCGAGGCUUGGAAGGGCGGUUCCAGACCCCCUUUCUAUCUAUAUGACCAUUUUUUCCCUCUUUCGCUGCCAGCAUACUAGGAUCUCAGUGUGAACAAUGUUAGAGUAAACAGACCUAAAAAAUGAGUGGAGAAUUUGCCCUCCAUUUUAUUCUAAAGUCUUUAUUCCACUAUACUGCGUGGCCAGCUGUCCUCCAUUGCAUCAUUUCCUACAUGUAUUUAUUGUUCCCAGCAUUGUAAACUUUAUAGCAUUCCAUGUGUAUGAGAAAUGUCUUUAGUAAGCAAAGAUCACUGAUGAGGCGGUUUCAGGAGUGUAAGUAUGUUACUGUGACAUUGCAGCCAACAAAAGCAAAACACUAGCUCACUAAGUCAGGUCACCAAAGAUGAAUUUCACUAUUGCUAUUUGUUGCAUUUUUAUGUUGUUUUUACAUUUUAGUGCCAUUUCAUGAUGCAUCCUGCUCAUAAUAUGAUACUGGAGAAUUUGGAUAAAUGAUGCUUCCUCAAAUAGCUUUUUUGUAAGAGAUAUUCUAUUCUACUACUUUUGUGGUGCAUGUCUGGUACAAAUUCCUUGUAGCAUGCAUGUAGUAAGAAUGGUACUUACACACAAAACUAGUAAUAAGUAUUCAUAUCUUUAUUAACAUAAAUAUUUUUCAUACUACCAGUAUGUGCAAUAUGAUAUAUGCUUGUUUUUUAUUUUGUAUUUUUAUUUUUUUGCAAGAUUUUGAAUAUAGUUUGAAUAUAGUUUCCUUAAUAGGCUAAUAAAUUAGGUGGAGUGUAAUAGCCCACAUUCAGGGUUUAAUACCAUAAA